AUGUCAGUCACUGUAUCCAUUGAUGCUGCCAAAACACCUUCCAAAAAGUCCUACCAUGGCCUUCAUGGCAGGAGAAUGCUCACUGUUCCUUCAUAUUCUCCCCCCACUACAAAAGAUUUUCUGUCUAUUCUCUGCACAGCGCCAGUGUCCAAACCUACCAUUGUCACCUCCAACAUUACUGCAGUGGAGACCAAGGACUUCUCAUUGACAUGCCAGGCUACAGGUCAAAUUCACACUUACCAGUGGUUCAUAAACGGAGUUGCCCCAGCUGGUAGCAGGAUACAGCUGUCGCCAGAUAAGAGGACACUCACUCUCAGCAGGCUCACAAGAAGAGAUAACAAAGGGCCAUAUGAGUGUGAAAUCCGGAAUCCAUUUUAUAGCAAUAGGAGUGAUACAUUCACACUGGAUGUUGCCUAUGGCCCUGAUAUUGCCACAAUUGACCAUAUAAGAGAUCAGUUCACAACGGGGAUAAAUGUUACCUUGAGCUGUGUUGCUGAUUCUAACCCACCAGCACAAUUCACUUGGUUACAGAAUGGAAAAUCUGUCAACAACUCAGCCUCAUUUUCUAUUAUUACAUCCCUGAAUCAUAUCGGAAACUAUACCUGUAUUGCAACUAACUCAUUUACUGGCUUGACGCGCACUGCAAACAAGACUCUUAUGAUCUAUGCGCCAGUGUCCAAACCUACCAUUGUCACCUCCAACAUUACUGCAGUGGAGACCAAGGACUUCUUAUUGACAUGCCAGGCUACAGGCCAAAUUCACGCUUACCAGUGGUUCAUAAACGGAGUUGCCCCAGCUGGUAGCAGGAUACAGCUGUCGCCAGAUAAGAGGACACUCACUCUCAGCAGGCUCACAAGAAGAGAUAACAAAGGGCCAUAUGAGUGUGAAAUCCGGAAUCCAUUUUAUAGCAAUAGGAGUGAUCCAUUCACACUGGAUGGCUUCAGUGAGAUCAUGCCUUUUGAUCAGAGAGAAAUUCAGCACAUGGUGAGGAUCGAACCUAGCAGCGUACUUUGA